AUGGAAACCGAUUUGGCUCUGAUUUCAGAUGUCUCUGGUCUUAAUUUUAGUUUCUUAUCUGCUUAUCACACAUAUCUUUCCGUUUCUGACAUCAGUGAGGUGAGGAUGGAAGGUCCGGAGACCCUUGAUUAUCUUGACAAUCUUAGCCACAAAGAAGAACAAGGAGACGCCAUAACAUUUGAUUCAGAGGUCGAUCGAGUCUAUGUUAGCUCCCCAAAUGUAGUCGCAGUUCUUGAUCAUGAGAAGAAACGCUCAUUUGUCAUAAGCAAGGAAGGACUUCCUGACGUUGUUGUGUGGAAUCCGUGGGAAAAUAAACCAAAGACUAUGGUGGACUUUGGUGAUGAGGAGUACAAGCAGAUGCUUUGCGUUGAUGCGGCCGUGGUGGAGAGAGCGAUCAUCCUGAAACCAGGGGAGGAGUGGACAGGGAAGCUGGAGCUAUCUGCAGUUUCAUCCACCAACUGCAGCGAUCAUCUUGAUCACCCCGUCAGCAUCUAGCGUGUAGUGUGGAAGUUCACAUUUCAUAGUGCUAUAUGGUGUUCGCAUCAUAAGAGAAGUGAGAACCUCCUUUGCACAUCAGAGAUAACUGAUAAGUAGGUGCACGUGCACCUAUGAUCAGUCAGCUGCUCGAAUUGAUCUAGAAUU